AUGGCCUCCCUCCUCAUGUCGGUGUUCGACGCCGUCCGCUUCUUCUCAGGUUUUUCCGCCAAGAAUGCGAGCAUCGACCAGUACAACUGGAGUUACAUAGAGCGACGGGGCAAGGAAGAGAAGGAGACGGACGUCGUCGUCUUCCUGCACGGCUUUAGCUCCGUCAAGGAGUUGUGGGUUCGCGUGGCCCGCGGCGUCGACAAGCGCUACAAGAUCGUCAUCUCAGACUUGCCCGGCCAAGGACGCACGACCCCAAUCGAUCCUCUGACCAACUAUUCAAUGCCCAAUCAAGCCGAGCGAUUGCACGAAUUUUUAGAGAAGGAGGUACCCACCAAUAAACAGAUCCAUCUCGUAGGCUGCUCCAUGGGCGGUAUGCUCGCUGGAGUGUAUGCUGGACUGUACCCGGAGCGUAUCAAGUCACUGACUAUGGUGUGUCCAGCGGGUAUCUCAAUGCCCAGGAAGAGCGCAUUACUGAAAAUGCUCGAGGAUUCAGGACGGAACUUGCUGCUUGCACACACAGCCGACGAUCUAGUCGAGAUGAACAACCAUCUCAGCUACGAUCCACGUAAAAUUCCGCAUGUCUUUUUAAAUAUGAUUGCGUCCGAACGGGAGAAGCAGUUGCCAGUGUUGGAGAAGAUUGUCCACGAUUCGUUGCAGAACCCGACGGUGUUGGAGGAUUUGUUGCCUGACAUUCGUGCCAAGACGUUGGUGAUGUGGGGCAAGCACGAUCAAGCUCAAGGACAGGUGCUGCUAUUUGACGACUGCGGACACAUUCUGCAACACGAAAAACAUGCCGAGUGUACUGCUGCUAUCAAUAAGUUUUUGGCGGGCGAACCGCUUUCAGUCAAGAGCCUGAUGUAA